UUCAAGUAUAUUUUUAGUAGACAAUUUUUAUUGAUAUGGAAAGUUGGAAGAGCCUUGAAAAGAUUACAACGCGCUCAAGAAAAUUCUAUGAGAGUAAACAGAGGGGAGAAGCCAAAGAGGACCGUUUUCGAAAUAUUGUGGAAGUUUGUGGUAACAAUUUUGAAAGUAAUGGCUAAUUUCUUAUGUCCCUUUUGUCUCCAUCAUCCAGACCGCAAAAAAGGAUCAGUUAAACAAUUUUUCAGAAGAUUAAAUACAGACGGUACAUUUGAAAAUCAAUCGAUAAAAGGCUUCAUCGGAAUGUUAAUAUCAAUAGGAAUGAUCAUUUUAUUUUAUAUGUAUUUUGUUUAUUUGAUAAACAUAUCUCCUUUCACUACUAUGGUAUUCUGUAUAGUCAUUGGAUUCAUCACUACUCUGGGUGCUGCUUUUUCGGUUCGAAUCCGUUGUAUAGUUUUACUUAUGUUGCCUCAACUGUUCAGUAAACAAUUAAAAAUUAAUUUUUAAAGAUAGAGGACGACAUGCAUUGUUAGCUUUUGCUUACUUAUUGGCAUUAAGUGG